AUGACAGUGAAUAUUUACAAACAGGUGCCACCUAAUUUCUUCAACGCAACGAUGACGUACAGACGAGACUCACGCUAUUUUUUUCCCUACGGACAGUUCGUGUCGUUGAAUUCUCAAAGAAGAGGAGAAGAUCCUGUGACCGUAUCCGAACGAAAGCCACCCAUCGGUUCUAUAUUUCCUUCGAGAACAGUCCUAUGUAAUGACUACAUCACGGAGAAAUUCUAUCGCAGAAUUUCACAGUUGCUCAUUCCUGUCGUCAUGAAGAGAAAAUUCUAUGAA